AAAACAAAAAGGCAACCAAGAAGACCUUUUUUUUUGUUUAUCAAAUUAAAAAACAAUCAGUGUUUAUUAUUUACAAAUUACAUUACAUAGUAUUACAUAGUAUUCUAUUUAAACUAUCAAGUCAUUAAUAUAUCGUGAGUUAAUAAUAACAAUUAUGAGUAUUUAUAAUUAAUUAAAUUUGAGAGCAAAAAUGAAAGAAUAAAAUGAAAACUUAUUUUUUUAUUUUUUUUUUUUUCUAUCAAAUGGAAUUUGACGGAAUUGUUAUGAUUUUUCAUGGUGAAUCUAAGAUCCCAGUCACCGGGAUUUAAAUGAUUAAAAUUUAUUAAUAAUUAGAUUUAUUUAUAUACUGGUAUUAAUAUUUUUAAACAUAUGUUUAUUAUAUUAUUAUAUUAUUUUUACAUUAUUAUGUUGAUGUAAUUAUUAUACCUAUUAAUAAUUUUUUUUUUUUUUUUAUUUCAUUUGUUGAAGAUGUAGGUACCUACAUAUGUAAUUUGUGAAAUUGUCAAGUGUAUGAGAAAUUUUUUUUAAGGAAAAAAAAUAUUUUAGAUAUCAUAUGGCUUUUAUUAUUAUUAUUAUUAUUAUUAUUAUUUUAUAUAAGAAUAAUAAUAAUAAUAGGUAUAUUUUUUUUUUUUUUCGAAUUUUUGUUUUGGAGCAAUUAAAUGUUUUUAUCAUGAUUUUUUUCUUGGACUAAUUACUAAUUAGUGUUGUAUAUUUGUAUAAUUUUUUUUUUUGUUUUUAUAAUAAAACAUAUUUUUAGAGAUUAAAAUUAUUCAAUAAAUAGUGUUUUAGCUGUGCAGCGCCUUUCCAUCUGAUAGUUGAUAUACUGAUUUAUUUUUUUUCAUUAUUAUUUAUUUUAUUUUUUUCAACUAUAAUGGUGAUUUUUAUUUUAUCCAACGAUCCAAUAUGUUUACAAGAUGAUUAAUUUUAAUUGAUGAACCUUUAGGUUUAUUAUUAUUUAGAUUUUGUAGGUUUUUUUUUUUUGUUGUUUUUGUUGUUUUCAUAAUUUAUUAUUAAUAUGAAUAUGUAGCUAAUGAAUAAAAGACUGGCUAUUUUAAGCAAUAUUUAUGAUAGUUUCAUUUUUACAGGAACAAAAGUGGCUGAUAAUCAUUCAUUUCAAGUUGUUAGUGAAGUUGAGAAGGGUGAUUCAUUUUUUACACAUUGGGAGUAUCGUAAUUCUCAAGAAAUUGAUAAUAACGAUAAUCAAUUACCAUCCCAGAAUGAUUUGACUUUAUGCGACUUUGAUGCAGCCCUUUACAAUGGGCAACCACAUCCAGGAUAUGCCCCAAACUGAGCACAUUCAUCGAAUCAUUGGGAUUAUCAAAAUUCGUUGAUAGCAAAUACAAACACUUCUCAAUUAUCAUCAAAUGAUUUUAAUAAUAUUAUUAAUCAAUCACAAAACUCACAUAUAAAUUCAACGAAAUUAACAGCAACAACAAAUAAAUGGGAAACAAUAACAAAUAAUAGUGGCCAAUUAUUAAAUUCUCAAAUAAUUAAAAAAAAUAAUAAUAUAUAUUAAAAAAAUUUAAACAAAAAUCAUCAUCAAAUGAUAAUAUAAAAAUUGGUGAUAAAGUGGAUGUUAAUAAACCAGUUGAAAAUUACAAAAAAACUAUUGAGAAUUUGUGGAAUUUAAGUGCACUGUGGUCUGCUGCUGGUGGCUAGGAAGACAUCGAUAUGUCUGGACAGUACCCAGGACACAGUCGACCACCGGUUGGCACACCACCACCACAAACAGUAUGGAAUCAUUUAACAAUGACACAAGGUAGUGGAUUAAAUAUACAUCCAACAGCAUUAACAAAUGCUGUACUUAAUCCAGCAAAUUUUUAUACACAUUCAUCAAUAAGUAGAUCAUCACAUUUAACAAGUCAAUUAACACCACAAUUAGCACAUUCACAAUCAGCACCAACAUGGUAUACACCAACAGCAGUACCAUCAUCAAAGCCAACAUCAACAACAUCAUCAUCAUCAUCAUCAUCGACAUCAUCAUUAGCAACAACAACAGUAACAACAACAACAACAACAACAACAACAAAUUCAUCUGUUAAUCCAUUAUUUAAUUUACAAGCACAUAUUGAUAAUAAUUGUACAAAUCAAAAUCAAUAUCAUCGUGGAUCACCAAAUACACUUGAUUUAUCAACAACAUCUGAUAUAGCAGAAAAUUAUUCACGUAUGACACAAGAUAUACCAAUUAGUUUAACAGCAAGAAAUAUUGAUAAAUCAAAUCGUAAUGGAAAUAUAAUAUCACCACCAAUACCAUUAAAUGGUGAAACAUCAUCAGAUAGUGGUAUUAGUUCAUCAGUACCAACUCCAAAUUCACUUAUUGAACCAGUAUCAUUAUCAACAAAAGAUUUAUUAUCAUCAUCAUCAUCAUCAUCAUUAUUAACAACACCAAAAAUUUUGAAAGUCAUAUAAAAGGUGUUGCAAAUAUUCAUGAUAAAAUUGGUGGUGGUGGUGUUGGUAGUGUUGGUAAUAGUGUCAAUAGUAUUGGUAUUAAUAUCAUGUCAAUAGUAUUGGUAUUAAUACAUCAAGUGUUACUAUUGAACGUAUAUUAUCAGAUAAUAAAAAAGAUAUUGAACCAAUGAAAAUUAAAGAUUCAUUAAGUGUUACACCACCACCAGUUAUUGUUAAUUUAACAUCAAGAUAUGAUAAAGAUGUUAUUGAUAGUCCAGUAUUAUGUGAUUUAUCAUCAAUAAAUGAUAGAGAACAAAAAAAAAUUAAUAAUGAUGAAAUGAAUGUUAGAUCACCAAAAAAUAUGCCAAAACGUGGUAAUAAAAAAUGUGUUGAUUCAUUAUUAGAAAAACUUGAAAGUGGUAGUAAAAAGUUAGGUAGUACAGAAAAUAUUGGUUCAAUAAUUGUAAUACCUGGUGAUGAUUAUAAAGAUGCAUCAAGUAUUAAAAGUAUGUCACCAGAUAGACAAAAAUCAAAAUCACCAACAAGAAAAGAUGAUGUGUCACCAGAAUUUAGUAAUUAUGAUUCAAAUGAUAAUACUAAACAAAGAAGAAAAAGAAAAUUAGAAAAACCAGUUAGAUUAAGUAAAGAUGCUAAAAAUGAUAUUGACGAUAUUGGAGAAAUUGAAUCAAUUAUUGAAUCAAAAGAAUUAAGAGAACCUAAAGAACCAAGAAUAUCUGUACCAAUUAUUGAUGAAUUAACGAGUAAAUUUGAUACAAAAAAAAACAACAACAACAACAGCAUUACCACCUCCAUUGGCACCACCACCUCCACCACCACUACCACCACUGUCACCAUCAUCAACAACAACAUCCUUAUUAUUACUACCUCCGGUUGUUGAAGAAAAUCAUAAAAAACAAACAAAUGAUAAUCUUUUACCAACAACAAUAGACCUAAGUACUGUCAAUAAAAUAAAUGAUAAUGAUGUUGAUGAUAAAUUAAAAUAGUACCAGAUGAUAUUAUUAUUUCUAAAAAAAUACAAAAAGAACAAGAAAAACAAAAA